CUGGGUGUGUUGUGUUGGAGUUUAAACUUUGGACCCGAGAAGAAGAGCUGAGAGAUACAGUGGAGUCUCUUUAGGAACGGAGACAAAGCUCCAGUACAGAGUAAAUUGGAUAUUUUGGAUGGAUCUCUGUGGUCCUAGCAAGGACACUAUGGAGCACUACCGAGACCAGGGUUGUGAUGGCAUUGAGCUGCUCGACUGGCUGUUUGAUCAAAACGAUGGAAUUCUCCGUCAUGAGGAAACAGGACGCCAUGGCAACCAUCACACCUGGCCAAUCCAGGACCCAAAUAUGCUGCAGCCGGCCGGACAGGCAGACGAUGACUUCCUCAAUGCCCUCCUGACGGGAAGUGAUUCUGUGUCAGGCUCACCUCUCUGGUCCCCUUCUCACAGUGACAGCGGGAUUAGUGAGGACCCUCCAUCAGACCAGAUGGACAGCCCUCAGCGCCCAGAGAGCCCCCCAGGGGAUGUUCAGUUUUUCAGUACGGGGCCACAGUCUAAGGCAGCCCUGGAAGCCAACGUCUCAAUUGACCUCAAUGGCUGGGAGCCCACCUUCCCAACGGGCAGGACAAGGAUUACACAAUAUCCCUCAGAUGUACAAAGACCGCAGCUGUCCUCUGGCUUCCCACUAACUGUCAAGGAUCUGCUACUGUCUGGCACACCGGAAACCCCUCCACACCCAUCCCAACAGUCCAUCCAAGAGUUGAUUCUCAAUGAAGAUGAGAAGAAGCUUUUAGCAAAGGAGGGGGUGAAUCUACCCAGCCAACUACCUCUUACAAAGUACGAAGAGAGGAUUCUGAAGAAAAUACGAAGAAAGAUUCGCAAUAAGCAGUCUGCUCAGGAGAGCAGGAAGAAGAAGAAGGAGUAUAUUGAUGGGCUGGAGAGCAGGAUGGCUGCCUGCAAUGCACACAAUCAGGAGCUGCAGAGGAAAGUGUCCCAGCUGGAGAAAUGCAACAUGUCACUAAUGGAACAGUUGCGCAGGCUGCAGGCUCUGGUCAUGAAUACAUCUAACAAGCCAGCCCAGACAGGGACAUGUGUACUGGUGCUCCUGCUGUCCUUCUCCCUAAUCCUGUUCCCCAGCCUCAAGCCCUUCUCUGACACCAAGGUCAGCCAAGGAGACUUCACUCCAGUCAGAAUCCAGUCACGGUCCCUGCAGAACCUCCAGGCCUCCCGUGUGUUGCAUGUCACUGACCCCCCCUUCUCCACUGAGGAUGAAUCUGAGCCUCUGCACCAGCAUUUCCCAGGAGACCGGGAAUUGGAAGAUAUUACCACACUGAUGGAAAAGCUGGGAGUAAAACAAGACCGAACCAGUUUGGAGCCCAUGUCUCUAAACAGCAGUCAGGAAGACAGGAUGGAUCAUUUUCAUGUGGACCCAAUUACUGGUCACAUAGCUACUUUGACCUUGGAUCCCCACCAAUCUGCCAGACUCCGACCACAUGCUGAUGACAUGUAAAAGAAAUGAAUAAAUUAUCGCUGCAAGAAAUCCCCAAACCGCCCUCCUCCCAAUGGUAGAAUAAGGCAUUAUCUGGGGCUGCUGUUUACACAGACAGGGGAAUUAGGUUUUAAUCAUUCCUGUUUUGCCUUUAAUAUAUAUGUAGUCUGUAUACCUUUUCCUUAUUUGUGAUACUGUUUUAUAUAUCAGUAUAUGGAUUUAAAUCUUACACUGAAAUUGCCUGUCAAGAUAAACUGUGUAUCAUUUGCCUCCUGGCUUUGAAAAAAAUGCCAGUGUAAAUUAGUGUGUUUGAGAGUGUCAAAAACUGGGUAAAUAGAGCAGUGAUGAAGUGUACAGUUUUGAUGUGAACGGAUAAUUCGUAAAACGUUUAAGGAUUUUGAAAGCAUGUUAUCUUUCAAGCAUUGAUUGGAUUUGUUUAGAUUCAUUCAUGGGUAAAACUGCCUCAAAUAAAAAAUGUCAAAGAGUGA